CAGGGAGCGGCUGGUCUGCAGCCAAUGGCGAGCGCUGUGUAGGACGGCAUUGUGGAGAGCCAGGGAUUUUAGCGCGGGCACCAGUCGGCGUUUGACUUGAUCCGUAUGGUCCUCUCAUAGCGUCGAAGGGGUAUCCGAAACGACUGUUGUCACUUGCCAAAUAUUGCUGACAGGCACCAUGACCGACAGGAAGGCUGUGAUCAAGAACGCUGACAUGUCUGAAGACAUGCAGCAGGAUGCAGUGGACUGUGCCACACAGGCCAUGGAGAAAUACAACAUAGAGAAGGACAUUGCCGCAUACAUCAAAAAGGAGUUCGAUAAGAAAUACAAUCCUACGUGGCAUUGCAUUGUGGGAAGGAACUUCGGCAGCUACGUGACCCAUGAGACGAAACACUUCAUCUACUUCUACUUGGGCCAGGUGGCCAUUCUCCUCUUCAAGUCUGGCUGAGUCCAGGCCAAACCAGACCGUAGAAUGUAUCUCCAAUGAAGACUGUGAUGCACUGGUCGCUGAUGUCAUCUACGAAUAUUAAACGAGACCAUACCAUGACUAUGCUGGCUGUGCACAACUGCAUGGAUCGUGUCCCAUACUACUUGUGUACAUGUUGCAGUUAAAUUGCUUUUCAUUAGAGGUCCACGUUUUUGUUAAUGGUCCUUGCAGGUUUUUCCUAGCACGUAUGUUGUAAAAAUAAAAAAAACGGAACGAAGCAAAUGUAAUAUAAAGAAAGUCGGAAAAUGUGAAGCAUUGACCAGCACAUGUGUCUGCUAUAAAUGGAUAUAUUUUUGGUGACUUAGUGCUGUAAUACAUUGAAUGCCAUGCACUGUAUGUCAUUUUUUGGGGUAUUUGGGUAAUGAUAGAAGUGCAUUUGGUUGUAUGGUUUGAUUUAAAGCAUUCUGUUGUUAUAGAAAGAAUGUUUGUGUCUAAAUACCUCUGCAUUAAAUG